UAAGGUUUGCACUUUGCAAUGCAAAAAUACUUUUAAUGAUUUACUACAUACUAAAUACGAUAGUAGACUUCAGUUUAUUGAAUUAUUGAACUGCAAUAUUUUAUGUGUCAUAUAAGAUUUAUGUCAUGGAUAAUUGGGAAAAUGUAAUAGAAGAAUAUAAGAAUUGCAAUGACAUUACCAAUUUGUUGAAACAUGCAGAACAAAUCCUCCAUGAAGAAUUGGCUUCAUUUGAAAUAGAAUGGAUGGUAUCAUGUUUGCUCAAGGAACCAGUAGACCUGCUGAGAAUAAUUAAUAGUAAGCACCGUGAGGUUGAAUGCUCCAAGCUCAUAGCAGACUCCUUGAAGUUGCUGACUGAUGCUGUAGACAAAUAUUCAGCCUUUUUGGAACAAUACUAUGAGGAUAUUGUGCAAGUGUGUGUAUUACCACAUUAUUCUGUGCCUCGACAGCAUGCGCUGAGCUGCCUGAGUGUGGUGUCCAAGCACAGUCCACUUGCCGCUCAUGACUUCUUGCGCCACCUGGCCUCACUUGAGGAGGCAUCUGUGUGCUUAGCUCCAUUAGCAACCCUUGUGGGAACAAUUUGUGAGUAUCACCCGGAUGUGGUAGUCGAUGAAAUAUCUAAAGUGUGGAGAGUUUUCCUCAACUUGCUGGACUCCAACAAACUAAGUUCGUCGGCGCGCGGUGCGGUCCUGGCUGGAGCGGGUGGCGUGCUCCGCCACUUCUCUGAAGACCUGCCCACCACCGAGCUGCGUACAUUCGGCGCCCACGUACUCAGCGCCUCACAUCUGCCGCGGUGCAGACAGGUGUGCAUCCGGUUGUUGUCCGAGCAUUCGGAUGUAUUCGGGUCGCAAGCAUGCUCGGACGAGCGAGUGCGUGGCGCGCUAUGGGAGGCGGUGCGCGCGGGAGACGCCCAACGAGCCGAGCAUGCCCAACGAGCGCUGCUCGCCUUGUAUGUGGCACUCACCGGUACGAGCGACACAGUACGGGUGCAGUCGGUGCUGCAGCGGGAGGUAUGGCGGCGCGUGGUGCAGAGCUCGGGGCGCGAGCGGUGGUGUGCCGUGCGGGCGGCGGCUGUGACGGCGGAGGGAGCGGUGGAGAUCACUUCGCGGCUGCACCUGCCCGGCGUCGAGGGCAGGCUGCGCGGCGGAGAUUAUACACACGAUGACGUGUUGGCGGCGCUGUGGUGUGCGGAGGCGGGCCCGAGCGUGGGGGCGGAGCGCGAGCGGGCGCGGGUGAUCCGUGCGGCGGCGGUGAGGGCUGCGGACCUGUCCGAGUCUCUGGCCGUCACCCUGCUCCGGGACGCGCUGUUCCGAGCGCCGCACACGCACACUGCUCAAGAUCUGAUGGCACACCUGCUGUCUGAGAGCUGCAAGCCGGAGUGGUGGGACGAGAGCGGCGCGGGCGCGGUGUUGUGGACGCGAGUGUGCGGCGCCGCGCGGGGCGGGGCCUCGUGGCUGCACCUCGCGCGCUGCGUGCGCCGUACUAUACGUACGCAUUUGCAAACCUGCGAAGGAACGCACGAGGUGUGUAUGGUUUAA